CAAGCAUUAGCUCAGUCGCACCACGCGUCUCCGUGCUGUGCACUGUGCACUCUGAGCAAUACAUCAACGCACAAACACAAGAAAAGCAACAACCUGCCGUUCCAGAGAACUCCCAAAGUCUGUUACCGAAGUGCAUGGACUAUAUUCUUGAUGCUGAAGAUUCGGUGACACACCAGAGCAACUCAGGGAGGGAAGAAAAAACGCACGAGGAUAAAAAAAGAAUAAUUUAUAUUUUGAACCCUGGAUUUAAUCAAUGCGUACAUUAUACAUACCCCCCAAUAUAUGAAUUAUCUUGCGCUUUCGAAUUUUUAUAAUUCGUCAACUGUUUAAAAAAACAUAAACCACAACCAAAGUGACAAGACGCAGGAUAUGGGCACCGUGGCGUUAAUUGCAUUACUCGGAGCGCUGGUGGGGGCUCUGGGGGCCAAAGAGGACUGUAGUUCAGGGGCGUACACAACCAGCGGGGAGUGCUGUCAGCAGUGCCAGCCUGGGGAGGGGAUGGUGCAGGAGUGUGGAGCUACCCAAACAGUCUGCGCCCAAUGCCGGGACAGUGAGACCUUCUCAGACAUCUACAGCCACACAGAGUCCUGCCAGCCCUGCACACAGUGCACCGGCGUGUUGCGCAUGCAGACUCCCUGCACCGACAGCAAUGACGCCAUUUGCAUGUGUGAAUAUGGCUACUUCAUGGAGGGGGAGAAUGGACUUUGUAAGGAAUGCACCUUGUGCCCUGUGGGUACGGGCAUGGUGGGGCGUUGCGAGCAUGACCACGACACCAUCUGUGAAGAUUGCCCAGAUGGAACCUUUUCUGACCAGGAGAACUCAUUGGACCCCUGCCUCCCGUGCAACACCUGUGAGGAUAACGUGGAGGUGGAGCUGUACGAGUGCACCUCCAUUAGUGACACAGUCUGCAAAGAUUUAAAGCCACCCAUUGAUCCGGUCACAUCACUGCCUUCACUGAGUCCCUCACCUGCCGCCUUCACGGACAUACCUCUGCCCGUAUCCCCCACUGAGGAUGGAGCCCCCACCACAAUAUCAAACAUCCCAGAGUUCAAUGGACUCAAUGAGAAGCUUAUACCUAUCUACUGCUCCAUCCUGGCUGCUGUGGUCCUGGGGGUCCUGGCCUUCAUCAUUUUCAAGAGGUGGAAUAGUUACAAGCAGAACAAGCAGGGUGCCAACAAUCGCACUGUGAACCAAACUCCAUCGCCAGAGGGGGAGAAGUUGCAUAGUGACAGUGGCAUUUCUGUGGACACCCAAAGCCUACAGGAGCAGCAACAACAGCAGCAGACACAGGCACAGACAGUGGUGGUGAAGGUGGACGGGGGGCCCGUCUUGGCUCUACCCCCGCACAAGCGCGAGGAGGUGGAGAAGCUGCUGAACAGGGGCUGCGGAAACGAGGGAACGGGCGAGGAGGAGGAGGAGACGGACUGGUGCAACCUCGCAGGACUGCUGGGCUAUGAGGAAGAGCACAUCGCCACCUUCCGGCAGGAGGAGCGUCCGAUCCGGGCCCUGCUUUCCGACUGGGCCAGCAAAGACUGUGCCAGCGUGGACGCUCUCUGCACGGCCCUACGCAAGAUCAACCGGGACGACGUCGCCCAGAGCCUGGCGCCUCGUCCCAACACCGAACCCACCGCCACGUCAGCCGUGUGAAGGCCUGGCCAGGCUCUCCUCCCCACUGCCGCCCUCGUCCCAACACCGAACCCACCGCCACGUCAGCCCUGUGAAGGCCUGGCCAGGCUCUCCUCCCCACCGCCACGUCAGCCGUGUGAAGGCCUGGCCAGCUCUCCUCCCCACUGCCGCCUGACCUGGCACCUUGUCCCAAUACUGAAUCCACCGCCACGUCAGCCGUGUGAAGGCCUGGCCAGGCUCUCCUCCCCAUGGGGUUUUGCGUGAUUGAGAUAGGGGAUGCCUAUUGGUAGGGGGAGGCCGCCUUGCGAAAGGCGCCUACAAAGACAAAUGUCUGGUUGGUUGUUGGAUUUUUCUUUCAAAGGGAACAGGUUUCUGAUGAAGGACUGAGUAGAAAAAACCCUUCCCUCUGUUUCCUCCCAGCCCCCGAGGAGUUCAUGUCCACAUUCUCCACACUGACUCCCAUUCCUUUCCAUUACCUGUGGUCCUCAGUUCAUUAUUCUGUGUAACUAUGCCUGACUCUCCCACUGCCCUCGUCCCCCUACCUGCCAGUUGCCUGCCCCCGCCACCUCCAACGCUCCUUCAGAUGUAUGCUCCCCAUGUGACCCAUUGUCAGUAUUCUCCCCUUACUCCCUUUCCCUUGUACAAAGACAAACAGAGACCAGAAGCUGUAUCUCCUCAAGGUUUACUAUAGGCUACAUCUAAACUACUGCCAGAGCCAUAAUAAUGCUUUACUGUGUAUUUCCUCAGAGUAGAAUACCACACUCAGUUCCCUCCUGAAACCAUCACUAGUGGUGAGCCUCUCUCUCUCACCGUCUGUCACAUUGUUUCAUGAAAACCACAUUACUGUGGGUUCACUUUAUACAGUGAAAAUCUCAGUGUGGGUUCACUUUAUACAGUGAAAGUCCCAGUGUGGGUUCCCUCUUUAUGUUUUUCUCUUAUUUCUCUUAUUUUCUCUUUCUAUUCCAUUUCUCCUAUUAUUCUUCCUAUUAUUUCCCUGAUUGGAUUUGCUCACGUUUUUUUUCUUUAGAGGAAAAGCAGUGAACCAAUUCCAUCCUCUUUCAAAUCUCAACUGUCCUUAGUGCCUCCAUUUUGAAGUAAACCACAAAGCUAUAUAUAUUAAUCUAUUGUAUAUUCUGUAAAAUAAAGUAUACCAAUGUUUGUGAUUAUAUAGUAGAGUUCUAUGGCUUGUGCCUGAUUUUGCUGGCUGACAGCAUCUUCCCACUCAGAUUAGAGACUCUGAUUUGCCAGACAUGAACAACUAACGGAGAGCCAGCAUGCAAAGGUUAAAGUUAGCACACACUUUGUUUGGGCUAUAACCACUUAUUCAGUGACAACAACCCCACAAACUAAUGCCUGUCUAGUCUUUUUUUGUCCAACCUCACAUAUGAACAGGGAUUAAAUCAUUUUGAGAAUAGUUUGUACCUUUAAAAGUAAUUACUGGUAAUUAUAUCAUUACAAAUCCCCCUUUUAGUUUUACUUUGUAUUUCGUGCUUUUUUAUGUUAUAAAGUUUACACUGGAGUGGAGCUGUGUAUAUUGAAUAUGCAACUUGUGGAACUAUAUACUCUCACACAAACCUGUUGUCUGAGUAGGUUGACUGGAAGGGGAGAGGGGUUUUCAUCAAGCGGCUUAAAGUGGAAAUAUGACACUGGCUGCUACACUCUGAGAUUCAUCUGCAUGACACAAGGCAUUGGUUCCUCAGCCCUUCACCCUGAACCUGAAGGGGAGUGACAGGGAAGGAAGCCAUGAUCCUCUCAAGACACAGCAGUCAGGCACACAUUACACUCUGUACUCACUCCCUGCUGCAAUACAAAAUACAAAAUAACUUCUGGUGGGAAAAGAACAUAAAGAGAAUGCAUGGACAUUACAGAAAGGUAACAAAUCCGAUUCUACAAGUAUACCUGUUAUUACCUAGGCGUCCACUUCUUAACCAUUACCCGAAUGUGUGCCAGGUGCAGUGUGGUUAUAAAUAUUGAGCACUGUCCAGACAGAUAUUAAACACGACUGGGGCUAUUUCAAGUGCUGUAAGCCUAAUGUGGAACAAAGUAGAUCUGUUAUGUUCUUUGAGCAGGAACUCAUCAGGGAGUGCCGGAAUGAAAUGUGCACUCUGUUUCUCAGAAGGUAUUCUUUAGGUGUCACAUUAUUUACAACAUGUUUUACUGUGGCCUGUCUUCUUGCUGUAGCUAUGCGCUGCCUCCUUAGCAAAGGACCAAUCCACUUGCUUGUGAAGUAUACUGAUCCACAUAAUCACACGUCUAAUGUACCACAUAUACAGUAAUAAAGGUAUUCAUACAUAUUAUGCUUCAGAAUCAGGUCAGAAAAUUCAGGAGUAUGUUCUCAGGGUUCCUCAUACAUGGCUUGACAGUUGCAGUCGAUUGCUUGGUUGUAUUAUAAACAAAAUUAUGGACAAUUGGUAUUACAUUACAUUGCAAGAUAGGGGCCUCAUUACAGGACAGAGAAGUGCGCAGUCGGGAAAACCCCUUUCUGCUGGAAAUAUCAGAAUUUCAUAUAGCGGGUAACUGAAAACGACUAGCCAAUACAGUGUGGUUAUAUAUGAGUAGAAGUCUGCGUAAAAACAUACAGAGUUUAAAUAUUAAUGUUACUUAUUGUGUGGAAUAACCACUGUAAAAAGAGAAGCUUAGUCAUAGGAUGCUGUUGAUAGUAUGUUGGAGUAAAACCUUGUUUGUUUCCACAGCAUGGUUGAACCCAGCUCUGCAGAUAAUUAAGUGAUUUCUGUCCAAGGAUGAAAAAGUACAUAGUCAGAAGUGUUUGGGAAUGGAUUGUGAGACUGAGCAGAACUUCUGAGAGGGUAAAACUCGCACUAUACUUUAGCAAAUAAACUCUAGUGCCACUAGCAGGAAAAGAGUGCAUGCAGACUGUAAAAAUCAGAUUCCUACAAUCUAGUAUGGUUUUCAAAUUUGAUGUGUAUGAGACAGAGAAACAAUUUUGUGAUCACUCCCUGUGAAUCAGAAGGCUAACAGCUUUGAAUACAAAAGUGAGUCAGCAAUCUUCUGGCGAAAGAGUAUGUUCACUAUAAUAUCAAAAAGGGUAGGUUCGGUAGACAAUAGACUUUUCAGUGCAUACAAAAGCAAGAUUUCAAUCCUGAUUAUGUUUACAUGCCACUGACUACAUGGAACGUUAACACAACCCACGUCCAGACCGUGAACUCACGCGGCCUUCUUACACAACAAUAUACAAGAAUGCAGCUCUGUUUUUUUAUUUGCACAGAAUCAAGAGACCUUGACUGUGAGUGCUCCUAACAAAUAAGCUGUAGAAUGUAUGACUUUUGUUUUUAAAAAUUACUUACUUACUCUUACCUUACUCACAAUAAACAGGAUCUAGAUAGAUUGUUCACAAAAUUGACAGAAAAUUUGCAACAAACAUGUUUUGUACAUGGCAUCUCUACUCUGCAGUGUUAUAAGGGGAUCAUCUCAGUGUGAAUUUGAUUAUUUGUAUUUGAUGUCAUUAUCUGCCACAUAUUUUCUACGGUGCUCAUUGUAUUGACAGCCAAGAGAUGAUGACAAAUCUGGCCAAUCAGUUUAAGCACCACUGUACCUGAAAGCCAUCCGAUCAAUUUCAUGGUAACUGACGUAAGAACUGCUGGAUAUUUGUGUGGUAAAGCCCAAUACAGCUUCAUAAUGGAGACCGCUAAGAGUUUUUUCCUCCUAAGUGUUAUAAAACCAUAUUACUAAUAAUAAUUAUAAGCUUUAUAUAGCACCUUUCAUACUUAAAAUGUAGCUCAAAGUCAAAUAAUUAUAAAGACAAGAUAUUGUCGAUUAAAAAAAAAAGACAGAAAUAAAAUGUGUGAAUUAAAACACUGUGAUUGUGAGACUAUAUCCACACAACAAAUAACAAGACAAAACAAACACUUAGGGGCCCUUCCUCUGUGCCUCCCUGGAGUGGGGUGACACUGAUUGUGGGAAUCAGUGUCAGUGUCAGAUUGUGGGUAUAAUAUGUCUCUUAAGUAGCUGUAUUGGACUUUACCACUCAAAUAUCCUGCAGUUGUAAUGUUGGUUACUGUGGAAUUGCCCAUCAGAAUAUCCCCCAGAUGUUCUGUUUCUUGCAUAUUCAUUGGACACCAGAUUAUAAACAUAUACAGAUAACGCUGCACAAGAGUGUUUAUUUCCAGUAAUAAAAAUGUAAAAACAUAUGAUUAGUACAUGCUUGAAUAUGUGUAAAUACAUAUAGUACCUCUAAAUGAAGGUGAAUUUUCAUUGUGUAUAUGUUAUAAAAAUGUUUUUGGAUUUUGUUAUUAUAGCACUAUAUAGUAUUAUCAUUUAAAUUGUGUACUUUUACAAGACUUGCUUGUAGCACUUAUGUGUAAAUAUGUAUUAUGCAAGUGCCUGGCAAUCUCAUCAGAGGUCUUUGAUGUUUUCAUUUAUGUAUUUUUUAAUUUUUAAAAAAAUAUUUUGAAUUGCCUGUGCUGUGGUCACAGUAGUCAUAGCAAUGUAAAAUCUCAGGCUCGAACUGCAGCUGUCUCAUUCCCCACAUCUCCAAGGAUGUCUCAUUUACCACAGGAGCCAAGGAUGACUGUCACACAAAUCCAUUCUACAUCCAUGCUCCCUCCUCAGGAGGAGGAGUUGGCCCAAACCUGAUUGACUCAAGGGAAUGACUGGAUAGCUUAUCUGAUUUCUUUUCAUUUUAAAAUACUUUCUUUUUUUUAUUGGUCACUGCACAUAUCUCAGUAUGGCUAUGCUUCCAGAGAUCUGUGUACAUUCUUGUCUUCGGAAUUGUGUUGACUGAACGGAUCCAAGGUCUUGAAGAUAAUUCUGAAAUGAAGCUUUUCUAUACUUUUUUCUUAUUCAAUAUUAUGGAUCCAGUUUCUGACAUCAAGACAUAAAAGCCUCUUACACUCUGAAAGAAA